AGACAACAACUAAAUCAGUAUGGCCGAUGACAAGGACAAGGACAAGGAUAAGGACAAAAAAGCAGAGGAAAAAAAGCGACCCGGUUCGUUAGCGGAAAAUGCAGCAACUAGCUAUGGCCUCGAGGGUCAUGUAGCCACACAGCAAGAUCCGCGAGUCAGUGAACUGCGUCGAGCCGAAGACAAAACACAACAAAAGAAAAUCGAAUCGAAGAGGUCGGAAUCGAAGAUGGAAUUGAAACCGGAAUCGAAACCGGAAUCGAAACAAUCGUCUCCUCCUCGAACACCGAGUCACAAUACUCCUCCUAUGAUAGCGACUCCAACGGGUUCACGCCGCCCCGACGAAAAGUCUUCCCGAUUGGUGGUACAAGAGCCGCCUCCGCCUUCAGCUGAGACUCCUCCGCGUAAGUCGUCAUUGAAGAGUGAGUCUGUCUCGCCCACUCCACCGCCUCCUCCACCACCACCACCACCAACACCUAAAACACCCGCUGAACAACUGCAACCCGAAACACCUCCUCCUCCACCACCGCCACCGCCAACACCCAAAACACCCGCGGAACAACUACAACCUGAAACACCAACUCCUUCACCACCUCCUUCACCACCGCCACCGCCUCCACCAACACCCAAAAUACCCGCUGAACAAGUACAACCCGCAACAGCACCUCUUCCACCACCGCCACCGCCUCUACCACCGCCAGUUCCUAUUGCAGUUCCUGUCGAAACAAAAAGCAAAAAGGAAGCGGGUGUCAAUAAAACCACCAACACCGACAUUAGCUUUGAUCCCUCGAAAGAAUUCGCCUGCAAGACUACAAAUACUGCGGGUAAAAUGUACUCCGAGGACGAGGAGGAAGCCAAACCUGUCGAGCCCGUUGCAGCACCGCCACCAAAGCCGCCUCACUCAUCGAAACUCGACUUGGACGAUAUCUUUGCCUUUGCCGUCGCUUUGGUGCGCAAAGCUGGCGACUUUGCACUUGCGUCGAACCAUGCAAAGGAUAGAUUGUCAUAUACCACAAAGGAGCAUGAGCGAGAUCUCAAUACGAGCACUGACAACGAGAUAGAGGAAAUGAUGAUCAAGGAAAUCAACGAGAAGUAUCCGAAUCACAAAAUUAUAGCUGAAGAGGAAGUCUCCAGAUCCGAGACGGGUCAGGUGAAGCUAACCACAGAACCCACCUGGAUUAUUGAUCCCAUUGAUGGCACCAUGAACUUUGUGCAUCAUUUUCCCUACUAUUGCAUUUCGGUGGCGUUGCUCGUGGACAAAGCAACGGCCUUUGGCAUUAUCUUUAAUCCGGCACUGCAGGAAUUUUAUACGGCACGCAAGUUCCAAGGCGCCAGGCUAAAUGAUGAACCGAUACACACCAGCGCACAGAUGGAACUCAAGGAUGCCAUGAUACUGCAGGAGUACAGCUCGGGCGUGGAUGAAUGUCGCACUAAUGCAGCUUUGCAGAACGCCAGUCGCCUCAUCAAGAAGGCCCACGCAUUACGUUCGAUUGGUUCCUCGGCCAUGGGUCUAGCUAUGGUUGCUUCGGGCGUGGCAGAUGCUUUCUAUUUCUUUGGCCUGCACGUCUGGGACAUGGCUGCGGGAAAUUUGUUGGUCUCCGAGGCAGGUGGCACAGUCAUGGAUCCCUCGGGAGGUCCUGUGGAUCUUAUGUCGAGACGUGUUCUAGCUGCAGCUACGCAACCACUGGCCGAUCAACUUUCCGCAGAAUUGACCCAAAACUAUCCCAAGCCAAGGGAUGAUGAAAGCAGAGUAGUGCCGCCUACCGAACCUGCUACGAAGGAUUUCAAUGAGCAGACUCAAUUUUCCGAUUCCAGUCUUUCGCUAAGCUCCUCUGAUCGCUCAAGAAAAUGAGAAUAUAAAAACUAAUAAGCAAUCCAAAUGCAUGCCAAGAAUUCAUAUCAAUAAAAUAUUUAAGUACGAGUACAAA